CUGAUGACAACAUUUGAAUCGCCCCUUGCGCCAACCUAAAUAAGCAGCAGAAGCAGCAAUCAUAUGAUGUGUACGCCAGCGCGCAACAAUCACAAUAAAAUAGAUAAAUGAUAACCAGACGUGCAGACGAACGCAGUGCAAACAACUGGUCGUUGUAUUCAUACAAAUAAUUCCGUUGUCAAUCGCCACAAUCCACCGAGGUUCCCACAUUCAACCAAAAGAAUGUCUUACCAGGAUGAUGACGACGGUGGCCCCUUCGAUGGCCAGCCAAGUUCUUUUCCCAAAGAGUUUGGGUACGGCCCAUUUGAUGGAGAUGCAGAUGCACCUCUCACACCCACAGGGGAGCAGAAACCAAGGAUACUUCUCAUGGGUCUCAGAAGAUCUGGGAAGUCAUCAAUUCAAAAAGUUGUCUUUCACAAAAUGUCUCCCAAUGAGACACUUUUCCUAGAAAGCACCAACAAGAUAGUCAAAGAUGACAUCAACAACUCAUCAUUUGUACAGUUUCAAAUCUGGGACUUCCCUGGCCAGAUUGAUUUCUUCGAUGAUACAUUCGAUAAAGAGUUGAUUUGUGGAGGAUGUGCAGCUUUGGUCUUUGUGAUUGACGCGCAGGAUGAUUAUAGAGAAGCGCUGAACAAAUUGAAUCACACAGUGACAGAGGCGUAUAAAGUAAAUCAAAAUAUCAAAUUUGAGGUGUUUAUUCACAAAGUGGAUGGGCUGGGUGAUGAUUACAAGAUGGAAUCGCAAAGGGAUAUUCAUCAACGUGCUACGGAUGAUUUGACGGACGCAGGCUACGAUCAGAUUCAUCUUAGUUUUCAUCUCACGUCGAUUUAUGAUCAUUCCAUUUUCGAGGCGUUUUCUAAGGUUGUACAGAAACUUAUACCACAACUACCCGCGUUAGAAAAUUUAUUAAACAUUUUGAAUACGAAUUCAGCGAUUGAAAAAAGUUUUCUGUUUGAUGUUGUCUCAAAAAUCUACAUUGCUACUGAUUCCACACCGGUAGAUAUGCAAAGUUAUGAAUUGUGUUGUGAUAUGAUCGAUGUGGUUAUAGAUGUGUCGUGGAUUUAUGGUGUGCGAGAAGAUCAAGAACCAGCCGCAUUCGACGAGCAAAGUUCAUCUCUGAUUAAACUUAACAACGGUACCGUUUUAUACCUGCGGGAAGUAAACAAAUUUCUAGCACUUGUGUGCAUCCUACGCGAGGAUAACUUUGAACAUAAAGGUAUAAUUGACUAUAACUUCCUGUGCUUUCGCAAAGCAAUCCAGCAAGUAUUUGAGCUCAGAAACAAAUCGAAAGCGCCGUCGCUGAAUAACAUCGCCGGCAGCCCGCUAACAAACGGAAAGAAUCUUUCCGAAGAUGGUUUAUUGCCAUUGCAGAAUGACGAAGUCAACUAAACGCCAUAUUUAUACACCAGGGGGUUAUCUAAGGUAGGCAACCAGUAAGUCAUGCAAACAAAUACACAUAUGCUACCAUACAUAUUAACUAUUAAUAUUAACAUUUACAAGAGAGAUUUUUCAAGAGGAGAAAUGUUUGUGUAUAUAUAUUAUAUAAAAGCGUACGUUUCGUUCUUUCUCACCGAAUGAAUAAAUUACUGAAUUUAAA